AUGUGCGAGCGGGCGGCGCGCCUGUGCAGGGCCGGCGCGCACAGGCUGCUCCGGGAGCCGCCGCCGCAGGGCCGCGCGCUGGGCGGGCUGCUGCGCUGGGUGGGCGCCAGGAUGGGCGAGCCCCGCGCACCGCUCGUCCCUGACAUUCCCAUCGCAGACCCCGACCCCGGGCCCGCCGCGCCGCGCGGGGGCACGGCCGUCAUCCUGGACAUUUUCCGCCGUGCGGAUAAAAAUGAUGACGGGAAGCUGUCCCUGGAGGAAUUUCAACUCUUCUUCGCAGAUGGUGUCCUCAAUGAGAAGGAGCUGGAGGACCUCUUCCAUACCAUUGACUCAGACAAUACCAACCAUGUGGACACCAAGGAACUGUGUGAUUACUUUGUGGACCACAUGGGAGACUAUGAGGAUGUCCUGGCCUCCCUGGAGACCUUGAACCACUCGGUCCUGAAAGCCAUGGGCUACACCAAGAAGGUUUAUGAAGGUGGGAGCAAUGUGGACCAGUUUGUGACCCGCUUCCUUCUGAAGGAGACAGCCAAUCAGAUCCAGUCGCUGCUCAGCUCCGUGGAAAGUGCUGUGGAAGCCAUUGAGGAACAGACCAGCCAGAUCCGACAGGACCACUGCAGACCCAGCCACGGCGUCACCGAGAGCCACUAUGGAGGCCCAAGUCCUCCCUACAUCCCCAACCACAAGCUCAUGGCCCCGGAGCCCGGGAAGAGCCUGCCUGUGGCCACAGGGGAGCCAAAGGAGGAGGGGCUGGAGGGCCAGAUUAGCCGGUUGGCAGAGCUGAUUGGGAGACUGGAGAGCAAGACCCUCUGGUUUGACCUGCAGCAACGCCUCUCAGAUGAAGAAGGCACGGACAUGCACCUGCAGUUGGUCCGGCAAGAGAUGGCCGUGUGCCCUGAGCAGCUGAGCGAAUUCUUGGACUCCUUGCGACAGUAUCUCCGGGGCACGGCUGGAGAAAGGAACUGUUUCCACAUCGCCGCGGUGAGGAUGGCAGAUGGCCUCACCUUUGUCAUCUAUGAGUUCUGGGAGACGGAGGAGGAGUGGAAGAGGCACCUACAGAGUCCUGUGUGCAAGGCCUUCCGACACGUCAAGGUGGACACUCUGAGCCAGCCUGAGGCACUCUCCCAGAUCUCCGUGCCAGCUGCCUGGUGCACUUCAGGCCGAGACUGACUCCUCCUGAGGCCAUGCUAAGGAGCCUAGUGUCCCCCCCUCUUGUAAAGGACAAUACCCCUUUUCUAGAGACUUUGGUACACAGCUGUCUUUUCAAUAUACUAAUAGAAGGAUGUGUACUUCCCCCUGCUCUGACACAGAGGAGGCCCCUCCCCUGGCAUCCCACACCUGACUUGACCUGGCAGAGUGUACUGCUGGGGUGCUGGUGAGGCCAAGGUUAGCCGGGAUGGCUUCCCAGGCCAGCCUUCAACCAACAGCUUCCCGCCCCAGCCUGCCUCUGGCCUCCCUGGCUCCUAACGGCUGAGGCCAAGCAGGACCCACCUCGGAUGGAUAGGCCUCUUUCUCUACUCCCCUCCUCCUUGAAGGCCCUCUACCUGGUAGGAGCUGUGACCCUGUAGUACCCAAAGUAGGCUUGGGUAGAGCCCAGGUCCCCAGCACCAUGCUAGGCCCACAGCCACCAAAUAAAGUCUGGUUAGGAA